AUGGCGAUAGGUCAGGUUCAGCAACGCAAACGACGAUCCAGUCCAAAGGUGAAGACAGGAUGCGGAACUUGCAAAGUUAGGAGAAUCAAGUGCGACGAAGCCAGGCCGAGUUGUCAGCGGUGUUUGACGACCGGACGAAAGUGCGAUGGGUAUAGUAGCGAUAUUACGAUAUCCAGUCAAACACCCAAGAACUCUACAGACCUCAUUCAACGAAUCUCUGUAUACAUACCUGGGAAUGCGGAGGAGAAGAGAGGCUUCGAUUUCUUUCUUCGGAAUACAGCAGCGGAGCUAUCUGGUUACUAUGAUUCUUCGUUCUGGGGAAAACUUAUACUGGCUGCUUCUGCACAAAAGCCUUCUUUACGGCACUCUGUGAUAGCAAUAGGAGCCUUGCAUGAAGACUUCUCACGAAAGAGGCUGGUGCCCUCAACCCCGUCAGCGGAGGACCAAAAAACUCAAUUCGCACUGAACCAGUACGCGAAAGCCAUGGGAGCACUGCGGAGGUCUCUUUCAAGCGGGAAGGAAGAACCGCUUACGGCGCUCAUGUCCUGCAUACUAUUUAUCUGUUUCGACAGCCUGCGAGGCUGGUUCGAAUCAGCCAUGGUCCAUCUUCAAAGCGGGCUUACGAUUCUACGGGACAUGAGGAGGUCGUCUACAGGGAAUCAUAUCAUCGAGGACAAUAUUGCUCCUCUUUUUAGGAGAUUGUCGAUACAGUCUAUUAUUUACGUUAACACAAAAAGUAAGCAUGAUCAGACUGCCUUUGCUAGAAAAUUGAUGGACGUCUCCGGGAAAGAGAUUGUAAUUUCGGAAGAAUUUGAAAGUCUAGAAGAAGCUCGGAAUGCUUUGAAUCAGGCUGCGGAUGGGUUGUUUAGGGUAUUAUACAUGUGGGAUGGAGCUCUACCUGUCAUUUUACAACCCACAGAAAGCCUCUCUAUAUUCGACAAAUACACGUCCCAGUUGUCUCUCUGGAACCUUGCAUUCGAAAAAUUCAUGGUAUCCAAAAGCAAAGAUCUCACCAGCAGAGAAGUGCAAGGCGCCGCACUCCUGAAAAUACAUCACACGACGGCGAAAAUCAUGGCUGGUGUCUAUCCUGACAUGAGUGAUAUGAGAGCUGUGUCCGAAGCAGUGAACGCGGAAAAAUUCUUAGGAUAUUUAGACGACUUUCAGAUUGUCAUCAACUUGUCGAGAGUGUUAAUUGCAGCUGCGGAACAGGAUGCGAAGAAUGGAAAGCCGCCGCUUACCUUUAGUAGCGAUUUGGGCUUGAUAGGACCGCUUUAUUACGCCUGUAUCAACUGUUCUACUGUCUCUAUUCGAGCAACGGCAAUGGAGCUCUUGUUACGGUGUCCGCGGCGAGAGGGGAUGUGGAACAGCGUUCUGGUCGCCCAAAUGAUCCAACAAUACUGGGAGCUUGAAGCAGGACACAAGGAAGCGCAAGAGAUGGGUGUGGAAGUGGAUGAGUUUGGAUUUCCGGUGCCGUUUAGUGAUCGGGGAUCUGUUCACUUCGCAUAUUUCGGUCGGCCAACAGAGAUGAAUACGACUGGCGUCUCCCUCCCACUUUCCCCCUCCCGAGAUCCCGCAAACGCUUGGAUAUGGGCCGCUUGGUGCAGGCGUAGAACGGGUAUUGGGCCUGGCGAUAAAAUGGAAGGGAUUGAUGGGCCGGAUGACAGUGAGCACGACUUCAACUACAGUUGGAACAUUGCAACUCAACAGGCGAUUGGGAUGGAAUUAUUUCCCCGAACUACGGUGGUCAGAGGCCCGGCAGGUGUUGGGUGGCCGGUGCAGAGAUCAAAAACGACCUACGAAAUUCGAGCAUUAGCGGCGUUGGUUCAUCCGGAUGCGACUUACCAACAAAUCAAACAACGUAGAAAACCAAGUCCUGCUCCCGAUGCUCAAAGGGCUGCUCCUUCCGGGAAAGAAGGUGGCUACAGCAUUCAGAGCAUACAGGGUGUUGCGGGUAUGCAAGAUGAGGCUGCUAAAACUGCUGGGAAACAGGGACAAAGGGGAUCUGGCAAUGUUUUUACGAGAAUGCGGGCACAAGACAUGGGAGGUGGAGUGUAG